AUGGGGUUUCGUCCUGAUAUGGAGGUGUGCAAUGGCUACUCAGGACUUGUCCUGAGUAGAAGCAAACAGAGGAAAGGCUGCAAGGACAAAGUCCGAAGCAGAAUAGGUCCAGAGGACUGCAGGAAAGUUCCGGAGGAACUUCUGGAAACUCGGAGGAAUGGAGGAUCAGAUGAGCAGAGGAUCGGAGGAGCAGAGGAGCAGAGGAGCAGAGGAGCAGAGGAGCAGAGGAGCAGAGGAGCAGAGGAGCAGAGGAGCAGAGGAGCAGAGGAGCAGAGGAGCAGAGGAGCAGAGGAGCAGAGGAGCAGAGGAGCAGAGGAGCAGAGGAGCAGAGGAGCAGAGGAGCAGAGGAGCAGAGGAGCAGAGGAGCAGAGGAGCAGAGGAGCAGAGGAGCAGAGGAGCAGAGGAGCAGAGGAGCAGAGCUCUAGCCUAGGGAAUUCCUCCCUAGGCCUGAGAUGGACAUUGACUAAGUUGGAGGACUAG